GGCAGUAGUGUUGCAUAGUAGCUGCCAGCCAGCUGAUUAUUCGCUAAAUAACCAAUUGUUUUUUCGCGAAUUUUUCAAUUUUCUGUGAUUUUUGCGGCUACAAAAUCGAAAACUAUAUUAAGCAAAAUACAUACGAACCUGGCAAUUGCGACUGCUUAUGUAAUAUCUGUGACAAACCAAGUUUUCUAGAAAAUACCUGCCGAUGCGUCGUUGCGCUUUGUUUUUGUUGCGUGAAUAAGAAUCGUUGGAUAUUUGUACAUUCGCAAUUUGUUGUAAAUAUGUUUAAAUCUUAAGUGCCACAGCUUAUCAACGAAGUAAUAUAAUUGCGAUUCCCUCCUUUUGUUAAUCAGUCCCACUAUAUAGCACUAAAUAUAAAAAUUGAGUGCACAAAUCGCAGUAUGCCCCAUUUUCUGAUUGUCAUUCCGAAAACAAACAAUGACAGUCGCAUUGAAAGUUUAAAUCAAAUCGUUUCCCAGAAAAUUCGUACGUAAAUAUCUGAAAUGUCAGACACUAAAUCCGAAAUUGAGGGCUUUAUAGCCAUUCCCACGACAUCGGGCGAACAACAACAACAACAGCCGCAACAGCAGCAAAAUGAGCAACAAGUGGUCGGCACAAAGGACAUUAAAGCUCCUGAUCAGGUGGGGAAAAAGCAGCGACCACGUUUGAUACAAGAGAAGAGCACCCAGGAGACAAAUCCGUUGAUCCUGGAGCAUGCUACUCUGGAAUGGGUGCCGCAGCAUAUGGAUAAGCUACUGAAUCAGUAUCAGGAAUGUCGCAAAAUGCCGGCUGCCGAGUGGCUUCAUUUGUUGACUUACCUGGUGGCCCUGGAAUGCGGAUUUGUGGAGGAGGAGACAUUUGCCCAGAAGAGACACCUCAUUCAACCCGUACCAUCAUUUAGCAGCUUUCACGCCCAGAAUGUGCGAAUCCUGAGCGAACAACCAGCUAGAUAUGAAGUGUGCUUCAAUGACACCGUCUAUAUAAUGCGACUGAGAACACUAUUGGACAAGCAUGCUCCCGAGGAGACUUCUCUGGUGGCUGCCCUUCAGUGCCGGCUGAUGGCCGUCAGCCUGGGGGAUCAGCUUAUGAUCACCCUGUCCCCAGCACCUCCGUCGAAGGAGCCUGGCUACAGCGUCAGCCUGUCUAUCGGACGCUAUGUACUGAAUAUUCAGGCGAAGAACAAGCCCAUCUACCAUCGCUUUCGGAAGCUGGAUGAACUCUCAUAUCAGCUGAAACAGCACUUGUUCCAGCCCAUGCGAUCGCAGCAACUAAUGCAGAUGGAGAUGAAGCUACAGCCCUCGCUAUUGGGCCUCCCGGACGAAUUGUACUUCGAGAUCUUCAGAUAUCUGGACAAAAGCCAGCUAAAUGUGGUGGCCAGGGUCAAUAGACAUCUUCAUUUCUACAGCAAGGAAGUGGAGCGAAAAAGGCUAAAGGGCGGCAGAAGCUAAGCUCUUGUUUUAAUCGAAGCCGGUUUAAGCGAUUUUAUAAAUAUUAUUAUAUUAAUAAAUUAUUAAGUGGUGCAUAAAGAUUCUCGGGAAUCAUUGUAUGUCAAUAAAUAUAUUUGCUUAUUCAAGU